CCAGAGUCACCGAUGGAGUAAGCAAAGUAGAACGGUGUGUGUGUGAGAGAGAGAGACAUAAAUGCAACUGCAUUUCCUAUAUGUAGGUAUUGUUCUGUGUCUUACAUUUACGAUUAAUUUUAAAAUAAAGUGAAAAGUAUUUAUAUGAUAAGAUAAGAUAUUGGUUGAGUAGUUGCAAAGGAGUGAAAAGAAGAUGGAGAAAGCUUUGAGAGCGUACGCAGAGGUUCUGAGACUGGUGAGGCUCUUGCCAAAGGACACCAGGGCUUACUACGCCAAGUAUGCCCGCGAGAACUUUGUCAAUUACCGCGAAACCGACCCUUCUGAUGUCUCUUACCUCUUUCAACGCACCUACGAUCACUCUCUAUGGGUUCUUCACAAGUAUUCCAUUGAUGAAUCUGUAGCGGAUAAGCUGAAAGGGAUAUGCUGCAGUUGAUGCUUCCAUGCAAUGCCACCCAGGUGUUUGUUUUUAUUUCUCACUCAAAGUCUCACGGGCAACACACGCUGCUACAAAUACCUUUCUGCCCUCUAAAAUAAUCUCGAUUUACAGUUGUGAGUUUUUGUUUUCUCUUCAAAUAUGAAUUCUCUAAACACGAGUUUUAGGCGUUUAAUUUUUAUUCACUCUUACUCGAA